AUGACUAAUAUUAGUAUUAAAUGUCAAAAAUGUCGAUUUGAAUUAGCAUCAAGUGAAAGUUCAUCUAUACUUGAUUGUCAUGAAAAGCAAAUUCAAAAUACAGCUAGAGUUACAUACAGUUGCAAUGAUAACGUAAUGGAAAAUAAUUGGUACAUAUCUUCUACUACUUUACCUGAAUGGAUAAAUUCGUCAGUUGAAGAAGAUGAUUGGCAAAAAGGUAAAUUGACUUGUCCAAAUUGCAAUUUAAGAGUUGGUUCUUUUGACUUUGUUGGCGGUAUGAAAUGCCCAUGUAAAAAAUAUGUAUUACCUCAAAUCCAUUUAGUUAAAAGCAAAACAGAUAUUUACUUUCGAUAA